GCGAAUCAAAACAAUUUCAAGGGCUAUAAAACAAUAAUUUAAUCUUUUUGACUAUUUUACCUAUUACUGUUGGCAAUGAAUGCGACCGGUGAAGAAAAACAAAUGAUGAAUUUUGGAUAUCAACUACCAGUCAAAGUUUUUCAGUUUAUUACUAUAGUGACCGCCUUUCUGGGUUUUGCCGGAAACUUCUUUGCCUAUUUGACGGCAUCUAGUUUCACAAAAAAGUCUUCGGGACAAACAUUCAUUAAAUGUCUGGCUGUGAGUGACACUAUAGCGGCGUUCCAAGAUGGAAUCAUGGAAGCAAUGCUUGCUUUUCUAGGAGUUAGUUUCUUCACCCUUCAUCCUCUUCUCUGUCGUUUUCUUGGAUGGUUUACUUACUUUUCUUCAAGCGCAGCUGGAUAUGUGCUACUAGCAGCUGCUUUUGACCGACUUAUUGCAAUCUGGAAACCAAUUUGGUACAAACAGAAAUCCAAGCCAAAACGAGCCAUAAUCGCGUCUCUAGCAAUUUGGAUCGUAUUAGGACUUUCAAUGCUACCCAUUUUUUUCGAGUAUGGACUUGAUGAAAAUUACUGCAACUUUGAUGAUACGAACCCCUGGCAUUUUCUCCACGACUGGACCUUCUCUGUAUACUACGAGUUCAUAUUCAUUGGGGGUUACAUUCUACCCGGACUUUCAAUGGUGUUUGUGAAUGCCCUCAUAAUCUACAAGCUGCGCCAUAAAUCAACAAGCGUUUCGAGAAAAGACCGCGAGAUGACCCUUUGUUUGAUUAUUGUAUGUGUUUCGUUUCUGAUAUGCCUAAGUGGGCUGGGAAUCAUGGCUCGACUGAGUCUGGUAUUUGCGGACUCCAAACCAAGUGAAGCCAAUUUGAUCAAUUAUGUUCGAAAGCUUCCAGCUGUUUUGAACAAUUCAAUGAACUUCUACGCGUACUUUGCAGCCAGCUCGUACUUCAGAAAUACAUUCUUUAGAAUAUUGCGUGGGACAAAAACCGACCAUCGAAACACCACCACUGCAAUCACUAACCGUCAGCGUCAGCCAAAAAACGCAAGAAACUGACAAGAAAAGCGGAUCGCCAGUAAACCGAAUCGUCAGUAAAUUGCCAGCCAGAUCAUUAA